GAAACGCCGCGAAUGAUGUGGCCGUCUUCAGUGCGGCAGGUGCUCAGAUCGCCAUCCUCUCCCAGCACCGCCAUUGUUGCGGCUGUGGCAGCGGUGGCGAAGGUAAAGGUCACUCACUGGUCCUACGGCUCCCAGCCGGCACCGCCAGCGGCCUCUGUUUACCCGCCGCCUUCCAAGUACGUGAGUACAGGCCGUCAAUACCUUGCCCAGCCGACGACGCAGUCCACAGCCGUUCAGCUGGCCACACCACAGGAUUCACCAUCAUUCUCCCCACGCCGCUCCAGUCCUGCGACGCAAAUGGG